UGCACGAAGGUAUACCUAACACUUGCAGAGAUGAACCUAUGCAGUAUCUUCCUUGGGUUGGUGGUCCUUGCGGCUGCAAUGGGUAAACCAGUGUACCAGAUUGCCUUUUCAACUGGUCUGUCGCAUGAUGUAUUGAUUACCCGUGGACAAGUCCUUCGGAACAACAACAUCUUCCUGAACGUUGGCAAGGCUUACGACAGACAUACAGGGAAGUUCAAAUGUCCUCAGAGUGGGAUCUACAGCUUCCAAGUCCACGCUAUAACUCCACACAAGAAAUGGCUAUGGCUGGAUCUUGUGCACAACAACAAUCUUGUUGUGGGUGUUUAUGCUCAUUCCAGUCAUGAAUAUGACGGUGCUAGCAACUCCGCUAUACUGCAACUGAAGAAGGGGGAUAAGGUAUGGGUACGAUCCGGAGGAGCACACGCGUAUGUGUUUGGAAGAUCUAACCAGGUUUAUACGUCAUUUUCUGGCUACCUUAUCGCGCCAUCGUUCGGAGAUGUUGUCAGAUUGAUUGCAUCUAUAUCCUGGUACACCCGUGCUAAAGACUUUCGCACCUGUAUGCUUUAUAACCAUCUCUGCACGAAGGUAUACCUAACACUUGCAGAGAUGAACCUAUGCAGUAUCUUCCUAGGGUUGGUGGUCCUUGCGGCUGCGAUGGGUAAACCAGUCUACCAGAUUGCCUUUUCAACUGGUCUGUCGCAUGAUGUGGUGCUUACCCGUGGACAAGUCCUUCGGAACAACAACAUCUUCCUGAACGUUGGCAAGGCAUACGACAGACACACGGGGAAGUUCAAAUGUCCUCAGAGCGGGAUCUACAGCUUUCAAGUCCACGCUCUAUCUCAAAAGAAAAAAUCGCUAUGGCUGGAGCUCAUGCACAACAACAAUGUUGUUGUGACUGUUCAUGCUUAUUCCAGUCAUGAAUAUGAUGGUGGUAGCAACUCUGCUAUACUACAACUGAAGAAGGGGGACCAGGUAUGGGUACGAUCCCUAGGAGCACACGCGUAUGUGUUUGGAAGAGCUUUUCAGGUUUAUACGUCUUUUUCUGGUUACCUUAUCGCGCCGUCGUUCGGGGAUCAACAAUGAAUGUUGUCAGAUAAGAUUACAAGACGUGAAGGUGUAAUAAAAUACAUG